AUGCCAAAGCUGCCGAUCUCGGAUUUGAUUAAAAUCUGUCAUAAACUGACAAUAAGAUCUCUGUCAAAGGAUUUCAGGAAUAAAUUGACACCUAACGAUCUACAAUCCAUUAGGAGGAUUGAAUCUGAUGCUGUGCAGUAUAACUCACAUCUGGAUAUCAAUGAAGUAGCUGUUCUUUUAUAUGGAUGCUCGAGACUCGCGCCAAAAAACACUCCAGUGGCAGGGCCGUUGUGUUCAAGAAUAAAUAGCCUCUACGAAAACACAAAUACCAACAAUGAAUCAGAUUUGACACUAGAACAUAUCUCUACAAUAGCAUGGUCGUUGAAUAGAAUAAUAAAAUAUUCUGAAGAUAUCCCCUUGUCCAUAGGUAACACAUCUGUACUCUUGUCUCACCUAUUCACCAAAUUUGUAAAAUCUUGUAUUAACACCUUCGAGGGUGAACUCUCACAGGUGUUUACACCAAAGGAAUUUUCUAAGUUCUCUGUCUCGUUUGCGUUGUUGGACAAACUACUCGUGACACCAGAGCUCUUUAGCAACGAAUCAAAAGCUGAGAACCACCGAAUAAAGCUAGAAAUGUACGAUGGCGUGAACAAACUGGUAGAUGGUAUCUUUUUGUCAUGUUUAAAAGACUGUGAAUAUGCGAAGUUUAAUAUUGGCGCCAACACUCUGGAUUCAGAGAGCUGGCACAUUGUGUAUAUUAAGAACGGGAUUAACAUCCUUAGAAUACUUUUGGAGAAUAAAUGUAACAUAGAAACCGUUGCGGAGAGCUUUGAAAGGCUCUUCUUGCAACUCGAUCUCACUGAUGUCAAGAACGGCAAAACAUUAGCCGAUGCGUCUCUAAUCAUUUCAAAAGGCAAGAGGGAAUACAGUAAAGGGGUAAAUGCAACGCUGAGUGAGCUAUCCAAACGUGAUCUGACUUUUAUCCCAAACGACACUCUUUUGGGCAUAAUAAGUCUGCUUUCUGAACAUUAUAUCCAACAUUCUGAGAUUAUUGAGAAUAUAUGUAGUGAAUUCUCGAACAGAUCGUACACAAUGCCCAGUGUGAAUGACACCGUCCUGCUGGUGAAGAAUCUGAGCGCUCUAUCUUAUCGCAACGAAUCAAUGCUGGAAUUAUGUAUAAGGCAUAUUAAUAAUGAUCCGGGUGGGUUAUCAAGAGAGGAAUUCAAGCUCCUAGUCGACUCCUGCGUAAGACUGCAUUUGCACACAUAA